AUGGUUGUUCCCAGAGUCUCGACUAUUAAUUUGACUAUUGCAAAUUAACAAAGGCAGAAGGACUCAGUUGUCAGAAGCAGCAGGAAUACCUCAGAUAAAUCAAGUGGGAUUUAAAAACUAUGCCAAAACAUACUAGAAAGUAGUAAACAGUCCAUGAUUGACAAUAGACUUCUUUCAAGCCCCACUGUCGAUGAAUGCUAGAUGGCUCCAAAUGAGCACUAAAAGGUUCGAUCUUUUAUCUACACAAAUGAUAUGGAACAAUAGAAGCCAGAGCAAGAUAUAUUGUAGAAAGGCCCAUAGAAGAAAUUGAUAUCAAAACACCAAUAAAAUGCUUUGAAAAUCACAAAUGUACCUUUAAACGAUCAGGAAAGUCUAUAAGAAACUGGAGACAUCUAUCGAACCUCAGACUUCAGGACUAUUAACUCAAGCUAGUCAAUUCAGAACUUUAAGAACUAAUUCACUCCAGACAUGAGUGAUAUAAAGAAAUGCAACACAGUAAUGUCAAAUAUAGAUGUAGAUGAUACUAUAGUAAAAACUCCAGUGCAAGAUAAGGAGAAUAUUACAAGAAGUCCUGCUGGGUAUUGUAAUGGGAAGAGCAAGGGUGGGAAUUCAAAGUUCAACUCACCUAUGCCUAAGAAAGUCAAUGAAGAAGAUGUAAACAGAAAUCUCUGGUGUUCUAAUAACAAGGAUGCUUUUGAGGACAAUAUGGACAAAGUGACAUAGUUAAGGAGUGGUGGAGGAAUAUACAAAAACAAGCACACUUAAAAUCUAGAAUGCUAAGUAUUCAAAAUUCUGGAUCAAAAUAGAAUACCUGAUUCACUAGAGGAGAUAGAGGAAAUCAUAGAACAAGAUAAUAUGAGUAAUAUUAAAACUGAUUUAAGUUAAUAUAGAAACUCUGAACAAGAUAUUUGCAAAAUAUGCUUUAUCGAUAAGCAACUUGAAAAGUCAGAAACUGAUCUAGUUUUCUUUAAUUUCUCAAUUAGCAACCAAAAUGUUGACUUUUUGAGAUUCUGCUAAAUGCAGCUGAGAUUGUCGAAGUUAGUUUCACCUUGGGAGAAGAACCUGUAUAUUUCAGUGCAGCACUAUUUCCAGGAAUACAUCAACAACAGAUUCGUGCUAUCAAAAGUGCAGGUUGUUGUGAGCAAGAUAGUUCAGGAAUUCGAAACACUAGAAAACUUUAAUGAUUAUGUGAGUUAACAACUAAAGUCGAAGACUCAAAAACAAAUGAGAGAAUUCUUGCUUAAUAAGGAUCAGGGGUAGAGUAAUGUAAUUAUGAAAGUGACUCUGAUGCAGUUCCUGACUAAGUGUCAGAUAUGCCCCUUCAUUAUAACUAAGUCAUUCCUGAAUCAUGUAGCAAGUAUAAUAGGUAAACAACCCUAGAUAAGUUUUACUUGGGAGGAGUGCUUGAACAUAUUAGGAGUGCUCGGAGUAAUGAUGGUGAAAGGCAAAGAUUUGAAGAAAAAUGAGAUCCAAGACAGAGUCAAGGCUAUUGUCAUUAUGAUUCAGAAAAGUAUAUUUUGA